AGUUUAGUAAGGUGUGAAGGUCUUUAAAUACACAUUUGAAAAUAUAUUUUAAAUACACAAAUCUUAAAGUUUUUAUAGAUUUUAUGAAAAUAUUAUGCAUAUUUACCAAUAUUUUUAUAAAUUUUUAAACAUAUUAUAUUUAUUCAGUAAUAUUUUCCUAAAUAUGCUUAUAACCUAAAUAUGCUUAUAACUUAAAUUUAGGAAAACAUCAUACACAGAUAGGUCUUAUAUUUGAGAUUUUUAAAGCCAAUUUGUUUUCUCAAAUAUUUUUGAAAAAGUCAAAAAAAAAAUUAAAUAUUUAUUUAUUAUUAUAUUUGUAAGAAAUGAUAUAAUUAUCAUAUAACCUUUAAUGAAGCCUAAUUGGUUGUUUUAUUUUUAUGGACUAGUUUGGAAAGAAAAACAUAUUUUAAGCUAUUUGAGACCAUUUCCUGGCAACAGACGUACAAAAAAAUAAAUUAAAACUUAUAUAUAUUUUGCUCAAAAAAAAAUUAUAUAUAUUAUAUAUUAUUUUGUAAAGUGGAAUUCGAUAGAAUCCGAUCGAUCUCAAAGUUCAUUCAAAAAUAUGGUACAAAAUUUCAUUAAUGUUAAAUAAACAUAAGACUAUUAUAUUAUAUAAACUUUUUUAUUUGGGUUGAUAAGUUAAUUAUAUUUAUUUCUUUGUUAUAUAAUGCAAUUUCCCUUUUCUCUUUUUUAGUAACCGUAAGAAUGCACAGUCGGUUGCUUUCGCAAUGUAUGUGGAAGAAAAGAAUAAAGAAUAUGUGUUUGUCUGUCUAACCUUUCUUUCGGGCUAUUCUUUCAGAAGAAAAGUUAUUAAAAAUGUUAAAUGGAGGAACGAAUAGAAUCAUGGCAUUAGUACUUAACGUAUGAAAUCUAACAUGUAUCACAGCAAUUUAAGAAUUAAAAAAACAAUUUAAGAAUCAUUGCAAUAAACAUUACCGACACCUAUAAAUAGCAUAUUAGUUUAUCAAAUGUACAUUAUAUUCUACUUUCUCAAACAAUUGAUCCAUUAUAACUUCAUAACCACCCUUCCCCGUAUCAAACUGGUUCUAACCAUGGACUUAAUUCAGCAUUCUCCAACUGUUAUCGUUUGUACUCGUCCACGAUACAGAAACAAAGAAGAGUUUCGUUCAGCACGAUUCAAAGAUUCACCAAUUGUAUUGUUUGGUUUUCCCGGCCUAGAAAACGACAAGGACUCUCCGCCUACAGAUAAUACCCAUCCGCUUGUAUGGUGCCACAACGAAGAAAACAAGGAUAAAGAAUUUCCAUGCAACUUUUGCGAGUGUAAGUUAGAUAGCACCACAGGCUAUUAUUUAUGCGAAGAGUUCGAUAAGAGGAUUUCUAAAAACAACACUAUUGGUUUUCAUAAAGAGUGUAUCAAACCGAUGACCAACAAUCCUUAUCAUCCUAAACAUCCGCUCCAAGUUCUCGCAUUUGCGACAGUGAUAUCAAACAAAGUAUGCUAUUGUUGUUACACUUAUAAAACUCACUUUCACUAUUGUUUUGUAUGUAAUUUUAGCAUUUGUCGUGAUUGUGCGAGAAAACCGCUACUCCUUACAAUAGACCACAAGAAAAGGCAUGAACAUACACUCUACUACAUUCCUCGAGAAGCCUCCAUGACUUGCGAUGUUUGUGCUUUGGAUGAUCGAAGGUACUUUAUUUAUGUAUGUCAUCAAUGUGAUUAUGUAGUCCAUAAAAAGUGUAUCUAUUCACCAUACGUCAUAAAAAUUUCUCGUCAUGAACAUCGCCUCUCUUUCACUUCUUCGUUUCUUUCCGGAGAAUGGUUUUGCGGAAUUUGUAGGAAAAAAAUAAACCAAAAUUAUGGAGGAUAUUCUUGCGUGAAAGGUUGUUAUUAUGUUGCUCAUUCCCAGUGUGCUAUACAUAAAGAUGUAUGGGAUGGAAAAGAACUUGAAGGAGAACCAGAAGAAAUAUUUGAAAGUAUUAUGCCGUUUGAAGAGAUAAGUGAUGGAAUUAUAAAACAUUUCAGUCAUAAACAUCAUAUGAGACUCCUCAAAGAAGUUGAGAAAACAAAUAAGAUUAAAAAACACUGUCAAGCAUGCGCAUUUCGGAUUUAUGAAGGUGACAUUUAUAAUUGCUUGGAAUGUGAUUUUGUUCUCCACAAAGUAUGUGCAUAUCUUCCAGUUAAAAAACAACAUGUGUUGCAUCCUCACCCUCUCUUCUUACAAGAGGAAAAUCUACAAACUACGUUUGGGUGUUCAGCUUGCUUUCGUGUAUGCAACAAUUUCAGGUAUGUGUGUCAGAUGGCCAAUUGUCUUUUCACACUAGACGUGAAUUGUGCAACUGUAUCUGUACCACUUAAUCAUCAAUGUCAUCCACAUAUUUUGUUCCUACCAUCUCAACCUGGAUCUGAAAGAAUUUGUUCGAUUUGUAAGAAAACUGAAAAGAUCCGUUUAGAAUGUGGAGAAUGUGAUUUUGUGUUUUGUUUUCGCUGUGCAAUUCUACCAAUGAAGUUCAAGUACAAGCAUGAUGAACAUCCUCUCAUAUUUUCAUAUGAAGAAGACUCGAAUGGUCAACAUUGGUGUGAUGUCUGUGAAAAAGAAAUACUUACCAAGAAUGGAAUAUAUACGUGCAAUGAUUGUGACAUCCAACUCCAUUUUGAAUGCUUACACGGGACCAACAUGUAUUUGUUACCUUGUAAAUCGGUUAUACUUAAUGAAGGGAAAUACGAUAUUCUUUGCAAUGAUCUGCCCACACGGUACACAUGCAAACGAUGUCAUAAACGUUGCGAAGACAAGACCGUCUACAAGAGAUCCGACGAUGUAAUAUAUUGUUCUAUGUAUUGUAUAGUCUGUGAGAAAUAUGGAAUUAAAAAUUAAAUAAAAUAAACAAUGUAUAAAUAUUUUUUA